AUGACUUACGCAGUAUCGGCAACACAUACUAAAGACUGUGAAAGUCUAUUGUCAGCUGCAAUAUCGGCAAUUAUAGGUAUCGACAUACAGCCGUUCACUAAAAGUUUAGACUCGUCGUAUAAAAUUUCUCUAUUUGAUUAUCAUGAUAAAAUAUACAUAACAGGUGCAGUUGGUGACAUAUCAUCAGCUGCAGGAGACCCAAUAACACAGAUGACAGGUGAUGGGAAAAAUAUUUCUCCGUUCUCAGUUACACCAGAUGGGAUGUGGUUUUCAAAAAAAGUUCCACAAAUUCUCAGUAAAUCGAUUCAGACAAUUAUAAAGUCAUUAACUGGCAAGCUUAUUAGGUUGAAAAUGCUUCCAAAUAAAGCUAUGGAUGAAGUCAAAACUGAAUUACAAGACGUGGGAGACAUACGUGUCGAACAGCAACAUCUAAUAUUUACUGGAGAACAGUUAGAAGAUGAUAGAACAUCAGCUUAUUAUAAAAUACCCAAGGAAUCCACAGUACAUCUAGAGCUCCACUUGCGAAGUGAGCAUCAUGUAGCAAUUCUAGAUCCAUCGACUAUUGAUCCAAUUUACGAUUAUGAUUUUACGAAUAUAAAAGAUACAAACAACAAAUUUACACGAGGUGGAAAAAAAUAUGUUCGUCCUUGUGGAUGGAAACGGUAUGCCAUUAAAGUAUCGGAUAAAUAUGAAGACUUAAGAUGGUUAGGUCAAAUCAACGGUCCAGGUGAAUGGCCUGUAUCAUAUCAUGGAACUGGUCAAAAUGGAGCUAGUACUAUUGCAAUGGAUGGUUUUUAUUUAUCAAAAGGGAAAAAGUUUGCAUUUGGGCACGGAGUAUAUUCAACUCCAGAUAUAACUAUAGCAACAAAAUAUGCUAAAAAGUUCUCGUUCAAAGAUGAAAAUUAUCUAGUUCUAUUACAAAAUCGUGUUAAUCCAACAACAUUGGUGAAAAUAUCAUCUGAUAGAACUGGUGUAGGUGAAUAUUGGGUUAGUCCUAGUUACAAAGAUAUUCGUGCAUAUGGAAUUUGCAUUCGAAAAUUAUAA